AUGGCUGCAUCACCCGCAGAGAGAGCCGCCGCCAAGGGCGGCGUCGACGCCGUUCAGGAGCUCAGCAUGAUGGCUCGCGAGGUUGAGCAGCAGCAAGAUACGCUCGCGCUUCAGAUUCAAAAGGUCUCCGCGAAGAUCCGCACCAGCGCCAUCAACGCCAAGAGAAACGACGCUGCCCUCGAGAUGCUGAAGGAGACUGGUCAGGACGCCGUCGCCUACCAGCAGGUGGCGCGCCUGUUCAUUUUGACGCCGGUGCCGAAGCUCGAAGAAAAGCUCAAGAAGCACAACGAAGACUUGCAGCAGGAAGCCGCGAAGCUUGAGAACCUGAAAGACCAACUCGCCUCGCGGCUCAAGAGCGUCGACGCACAGGCUGUGGAACUGCGAAGAAACUUUCAUCAGGCCGUCGCUCAAGCUAUCCAAGCUCAAGGCGGAGGCGCCGUCCCAGCCUCGGCGAAGGCGUAG